CUCGGUGCAGACUUCCCAGGACUAAGGCUCCCGGGGAAGACGUGGCGCCCUCAGCCCGCGGGAUCGGGCGCGCGCAGGACGGCCGGGGCGUCCCUCUGGGGAUGCGCCGAGGGCCCCGCGUUCGCGCUGCCCAGAGCCAGGGCGCCGCCCGGAGCCCAUGAGCACCAUGCGCCUGCUGACACUCGCCCUGCUUUUCUCCUGCUCCUUCGCCCGUGCCGCCUGCGACCCCAAGAUCGUCAACAUCGGCGCGGUACUGAGCACGCGGAAGCACGAGCAGAUGUUCCGCGAGGCUGUGAACCAGGCCAACAAGCGGCACGGCUCCUGGAAGAUCCAGCUCAACGCCACCUCCGUCACCCACAAGCCCAACGCCAUCCAGAUGGCCUUGUCGGUGUGCGAAGACCUCAUCUCCAGCCAGGUCUACGCCAUCCUAGUUAGCCACCCACCUACCCCCAACGACCACUUCACUCCCACCCCCGUCUCCUACACAGCUGGCUUCUACCGCAUCCCCGUCCUGGGGCUGACCACCCGCAUGUCCAUCUACUCAGACAAGAGCAUCCACCUUAGCUUCCUGCGCACCGUGCCGCCCUACUCCCACCAGUCGAGCGUCUGGUUCGAGAUGAUGCGCGUCUACAGCUGGAACCACAUCAUCCUCCUGGUCAGCGACGACCACGAGGGCCGGGCGGCGCAGAAGCGCCUGGAGACCCUGCUGGAGGAGCGCGAGUCCAAGGCUGAGAAGGUGCUGCAGUUCGACCCGGGGACCAAGAACGUGACGGCCCUGCUGAUGGAGGCGCGGGAGCUGGAGGCUCGGGUCAUCGUCCUCUCCGCCAGCGAGGACGACGCUGCCACCGUGUACCGCGCAGCCGCGAUGCUGAACAUGACCGGCUCGGGGUACGUGUGGCUGGUGGGGGAGCGCGAGAUCUCGGGGAACGCCCUGCGCUACGCCCCGGACGGCAUCAUCGGGCUGCAGCUCAUCAACGGCAAGAACGAGUCGGCCCACAUCAGCGAUGCCGUGGGGGUGGUGGCCCAGGCCGUGCACGAGCUUCUCGAGAAGGAGAACAUCACCGAUCCGCCGCGGGGCUGCGUGGGCAACACCAACAUCUGGAAGACCGGGCCGCUCUUCAAGAGAGUGCUCAUGUCUUCCAAGUACGCAGACGGCGUGACCGGCCGCGUGGAAUUCAACGAGGAUGGGGACCGGAAGUUUGCCAACUACAGCAUCAUGAACCUGCAGAACCGCAAGCUGGUACAAGUGGGCAUCUACAACGGCACCCAUGUUAUUCCCAACGACAGGAAAAUCAUCUGGCCAGGCGGAGAGACAGAGAAGCCCCGAGGUUACCAGAUGUCCACCAGGCUGAAGAUCGUGACGAUCCACCAGGAGCCCUUCGUGUAUGUCAAGCCCACGCUGAGCGACGGCACGUGCAAGGAGGAGUUCACCGUGAACGGGGAUCCGGUGAAGAAGGUGAUCUGCACCGGGCCCAACGACACGUCGCCGGGCAGCCCACGCCACACCGUGCCUCAGUGCUGCUACGGCUUCUGCAUCGACCUACUCAUCAAACUGGCGCGGACCAUGAACUUCACUUAUGAGGUGCACCUAGUGGCGGACGGCAAGUUCGGCACGCAGGAGCGGGUGAACAACAGCAAUAAGAAGGAGUGGAACGGGAUGAUGGGCGAGUUGCUCAGCGGGCAGGCAGACAUGAUCGUGGCGCCGCUGACCAUCAACAACGAGCGCGCACAGUACAUCGAGUUCUCCAAGCCCUUCAAGUACCAGGGCCUGACCAUUCUGGUCAAGAAGGAGAUCCCCCGGAGCACGCUGGACUCGUUCAUGCAGCCCUUCCAGAGUACGCUCUGGCUGCUGGUGGGGCUGUCAGUGCAUGUGGUGGCCGUGAUGCUGUACCUGCUGGACCGCUUCAGCCCCUUUGGCCGGUUCAAAGUGAACAGCGAGGAGGAGGAGGAGGAUGCGCUGACCCUGUCCUCGGCCAUGUGGUUCUCCUGGGGCGUCCUGCUCAACUCGGGCAUCGGGGAAGGCGCCCCCAGAAGCUUCUCGGCGCGCAUCCUGGGCAUGGUAUGGGCCGGCUUCGCCAUGAUCAUCGUGGCCUCCUACACUGCCAACCUGGCGGCCUUCCUGGUGCUGGACCGGCCCGAGGAGCGCAUCACCGGCAUCAACGAUCCCCGGCUGAGGAAUCCUUCGGACAAGUUCAUCUACGCGACGGUGAAGCAGAGCUCCGUGGACAUCUACUUCCGGCGGCAGGUGGAACUGAGCACCAUGUACCGGCACAUGGAGAAGCACAACUACGAGAGCGCGGCCGAGGCCAUCCAGGCCGUGCGGGACAACAAGCUGCAUGCCUUCAUCUGGGACUCGGCGGUGCUGGAGUUCGAGGCCUCGCAGAAGUGCGACCUGGUGACCACCGGCGAGCUGUUCUUCCGCUCAGGCUUUGGCAUCGGCAUGCGCAAAGACAGUCCUUGGAAGCAGAACGUCUCCCUGUCCAUCCUCAAGUCCCACGAGAACGGCUUCAUGGAAGACCUGGACAAGACGUGGGUGCGGUACCAGGAGUGUGAUUCGCGUAGCAACGCCCCUGCUACCCUCACGUUCGAGAACAUGGCAGGGGUCUUCAUGCUGGUGGCUGGGGGCAUCGUGGCCGGGAUCUUCCUGAUCUUCAUCGAGAUCGCCUACAAGCGGCACAAGGAUGCUCGCCGGAAGCAGAUGCAGCUGGCCUUUGCAGCAGUGAACGUGUGGAGAAAGAACCUGCAGGAUAGAAAGAGUGGUAGAGCAGAGCCUGACCCUAAAAAGAAAGCCACAUUUAGGGCUAUCACCUCCACCCUGGCUUCCAGCUUCAAGAGACGUAGGUCCUCCAAAGACACGAGCACCGGGGGUGGACGCGGCGCUUUGCAAAACCAAAAAGACACAGUGCUGCCGCGACGCGCUAUUGAGAGGGAGGAGGGCCAGCUGCAGAUGUGUGCCCGUCAUAGGGAGAGCUGAGACGCCCUGCCCGCCCUCCUCUGCCCCCCUCCCCCGCAGACAGACAGACAGACGGACGGGACAGCGGCCCGGCCCACGCAGAGUCCCGGAGCACGACGGGGUCAGGGGGAGGAGCACCCCCCAGCCUCCCCCAGGCCGCGCCCGCCUGCCUGCCGGUCGGCCGGCUGGCCGGUCCACCCGUCCCGGCCCCGCGCAUGCCCCCUGAGCGUCGGGCUAACGGGCGCCUUGUCUGUGUAUUUCUAUUUUGCAGCAGUACCAUCCCACUGAUAUCACGGGCCCGCUCAACCUCUCAGAUCCCUCGGUCAGCACCGUGGUGUGAGGCCCCCGGAGGCGCCCACCUGCCCAGUUAGCCCUGCUGCUCGGGAAGGCCUGAGGGAAGCCCACCUGCCAGAGACUGCCCACCCUGGGCCUCCCGUCCGUCCGUCUGCCCUGCUGCCUGGCGGGCAGCCCCUGCUGGACUGAGGCUCGGGCCAGAGCUGCUGAGGACGGGUCAGAGCUGAGCUGGCUGGGCAGGGCCGCAGGGCGCUCCGGCAGAGGCAGGGCCCUGGGGUCUCUGAGCAGUGGGGAGAGGGGCUGACUUGGCCCCGGGCAGAGGGCCUUGGAGCAGAGACUGAAGCCCCAUCCUUCCCCAGCCACCACCAGAGCCACCAUGGGGGCCCUUGGCCCCGGCUGGCUGGGUCCCCCGCUCCCGCAGCGCCGGCACCCCACAGCCUUGUCCCCACCUCUCCCUUCUUGCCCACACCCCUUCUCCGCUUGACCCCAUCCUGAGCUGGCCCUGCCCUUCCCGGACUGCAGACCCUGACCCCCCAGCUGGCAGCCGCCUCCCAGGGGCGCGCUCGGGCUCCCCACUGCCUCCCCCUUCUCCGGACUCCGUGAGGGCUGAGCCUUCUCUUCGCCUCCUCUGGCCCGCAGCCCAGGAUGCGCUUCCCCGGACGCCGGCUCGGGACUGUCUUCAGCCCCGCGCGCCACCUUGUACAGGCCCAGCCCUUCCCGCGUCCAGGCGUGUGCCUUCCCCCGUUGCGGUCCGAGCGCCGCCGCGCACUGCCCC